AUGUCUGAGCGCUCCAAUACCGUCCCAGAAAGCGUGCCCUUGCAUCAGUCCGUGCUACAAGAGUUUCACCAAUGGAAACCCAUAGACAACUCCUACAUCUUUAGCGAAACCCGCUCUCAGUUCUUACACAUCCUCGAGGACAUCGCAGACGGCGCCACGCCUGCAUCGCUAGACACUCUCACAGAAGCGUACAAGGAAUUCCAGAGACUCGAGCACCACAACUCCCAGCAGGCUGGCAAGGUCGAAAGAGCAAAACAAGAGUAUCGCUCCCUAUGCGACCAACUUCCGCCCGUAAGUUGGGAAAACUGGGACCAGUAUCGCGAUGGCUCACUAAUAGCCCCAAAACUAUCUCAAGUUUACUCACAAUUACAAGAUCACCCUAUAUCCGAACAAGAAACCAACUCAGAUGAUCUCUCUCGUGUCUUCAAAGCCCUACCGCAUAUCUUGGAAGACCCCCAAUGCAUCCUUCCCGAUGACGCUGCUGACGAUGAUAUACAUAUAGAAGGUGGCCAAAUAGAACUCACUUGCCCCAUCACAUGUAUGAAGUUUGAAAAACCUAUGGUCUCCCGCAAAUGCGGCCAUGUAUUUGACUACAAAGGCAUUCAACAAUACUUGAAUCAGUCAGGCCAACAACCACGCGAUUGCCCACAGGCUGCCUGCAGGCAGAAACUCACCAUGCGAGAUUUCGUCCCAGACAAGCUAAUGGAGUUUCGAUGUAAGAUUGCAAACGCCAGAGACAGCUCGACAAAACUUGGGAAGGAUCUAGUCACCCUAUAG